AUGGCAAUGGGCGAAGAUCUCCAGCCAUCCCUCGAAACCGUGCGAGAAAUCCUUUCUAAAACGAGAGGGUUGGCAAAUGCGCCCGAUCUAGUACCAGUAUAUGCGCAAAUAUCUUCAGAAGUUCUUACACCAUCAGGCGCAUAUCUCAAAAUCUCCGACCAUUCCAAAUCCGAUUUCUCCUUUUUAUUCGAAAGCGCAAAUACAGAAAAAGUAGGAAGAUAUAGUUUUGUGGGUGCUGGACCAAAGAAAGUGCUGAAAACUGGAAAAGGACAUGGCCCGGAAGUCGAUCCAUUACCUUUGCUGGAGAAAGAGCUAGCACAAAGUCGAGUUGCCCAAGUACCUGGACUGGGAUUACCACCUUUGAUUGGAGGCGCAAUUGGAUAUGUAGGUUAUGAUUGCGUGCAGUAUUUCGAACCCAAGACAAAACGGCCGAUGGAGGAUGUGUUGAAAAUCCCCGAGUCGCUGUUUAUGCUCUUCGACACGAUUGUAGCAUUCGAUCGCUUCUUCGAUACAAUAAAAGUCAUCACCUACCUACAUGUGCCAAGCGACCCAAAGGAUCUUGAGAAAGCAUACGAAGCUGCCAGGAGGACAAUUGAUGAAUACGUGGAAGUUUUGCGCUCAGAACAUACCCCGCUACCCCACCAACAACCAAUUCAAGAGGGCCAAGAGGCAGUUUCAAAUAUCGGACAGGAAGGUUACGAAAAGCACGUUAAAACUUUAAAGGAACAUAUCAUUGCAGGAGAUAUCAUCCAAGCCGUUCCUUCACAACGAUUCGCCAGACCAACAUCCCUCCAUCCCUUCAACAUAUACCGAAAACUACGAAACGUCAACCCAUCGCCCUACCUCUUCUACAUCAACUGCAAAGACUUCCAAAUCGUCGGCGCCUCCCCAGAACUCUUAGUGAAGCGAGAAAAUGGCCGAAUAAUAACCCAUCCUAUCGCUGGAACCGUAAAGCGAGCGCCAAUGGACCCAGAACUGGACGCCAAACUCGCAAAGGAACUUUCAGACUCUUUAAAAGACAGAGCCGAACAUGUUAUGCUCGUCGAUCUCGCGCGGAAUGAUAUAAACCGUGUUUGCGACCCUACGACUGUAAAAGUAGACCGUCUCAUGGUCGUAGAGAAAUUCAGCCAUGUUCAGCAUCUCGUCUCUCAGGUCUCGGGUGUUCUGAGAAAAGGGAAAACGCGCUUCGAUGCGUUCAGAUCUAUUUUCCCGGCUGGAACCACGUCGGGAGCUCCGAAAGUCAAGGCGAUGGAAUUGAUUGCUGAACUUGAAAAGGAGAAGAGAGGCGUUUAUGCGGGUGCGGUGGGGCAUUUUGGGUACGGUAGUGUGGAUAGUGAGGGGGUCGAGCUGGAGGGGGAGAUGGAUACUUGUAUUGCGUUGAGGACAAUGCUUAUUAAGGAUGGGGUUGCUUAUUUGCAGGCUGGUGGAGGCAUAGUCUUCGACUCCGAUCCCUACGAGGAAUACAUCGAAACCAUUAAUAAACUCAAAGCUAAUACAACCACUAUCGCACUUGCUGAGGCGCAGCAUUUGAAGGAGCAAUCGAAUAGAUCGACGCCUUAG